AUGGAUGAAAGUAUUCCUCAAUGAGUAGGACACAAUCACUGACUCUACAGGCAAGAGAAAAGUGUUGGGUGGAAUCAGAAGCAGAACUCCUGCUUGUUCACUUAAUUCAUAAUAUCCGUCUUUUUUCCCACUCAUAGCCCUGUAUGGACUAUUUUCUCUUGCUAACAGCGAGUCAUAAUAGAACUUUAAAAGGGUACUCUGGCGUCAGAUACAUGUAGUUGAAGAACAAUUAUAUGAUGUGUCCAACUAUGUGCUGACUCAUUUUAUGUUCGAAUGACGCUAUAACACAGCCAUUUGGAACUGUAGAUUUGAGGGCAUCUCAAAUAAUAUUUUUAUUUUCUGGGAGCUGAAGAAGUCUUAAGUUUUUUCCUUGAUGCAGCUAACACUGAACAAAGCCCCUCCCGCCCUCGAGGUAGGAUGACCGAUUUCCAGCAUCCUUCCAGGUGUCGCGUGGUAAAAAUUCUGGUUGGUCAGGAAGGGGAACACCCUCUCCGGGGACCUCUAGAGCCUGGGAACUACAUUGCCCGGAAGAGCCUGCGCGGAGUUGAGCCAAGGAAGAUUGGAAUGAAGGCAUUUCCGGGCGAACUCUUGAAGUCGGGGAGGGACUUCCGGCCUCCUCCUCGUGGCGGCCAUUUUGACGGCUUUGGGUCAGUUCUGGGUCCGGGGCGUUGGAUCAGGACCCAGGUGACUGGAUUGCGGAGGCGCGGGAGGACGUCUUGUCUCUCCCCGGUGCACAAAGGCGACGCCUCCUGGGGUGCCCUGCGCCAGACUGGGGACAGGGGCCGCCGUGCCCGCGUCCCCCUCCUCUCCCGGCGCUCCGGCCCUCAGACCCCGAUGGCGGCGGCCGCGCUGAGGGACCCGCCUCAGGACAGUAUGACCUUUGAAGAUGUUGCCGUGCACUUCUCCUGGGAGGAAUGGAGGCUCCUUGAUGACGUUCAGAGGCACUUGUAUCUCAGUGUGAUGCUGGAAAACUUUGCACUUAUGUCUUCACUGGGUUGCUGCUGUGCGACAGAGAACACAGAGUCACCCUUUCAAUCAAGCGUUUCUAUAGACAUGUCACCAGCCAAGACUCCCAAGGCAAACCAGUCUUCCCAGAAGAGCCACCCCUGUGAGAAGUGUAGUCUGGUCUUGAGAGGUAUUUUUCACUUGGCUGAGUAUGAAGAAACUCAACACAGCCAGAAAGUGUUCGGGUAUUGGGUGUGGUUGAAACAAUUUUAUUUCAGUGCAAACGUCCCAAAACACCAGAAUAUGGAAGAAGAGAAAUCUUUCAGAAGUGGUGUAGACACAGCCUUGUUUGUAAAGAGCUGCAAAUUCCAUGGGUCAGGGAAGCCCUUUACCUGUGAGGAAGUUGAGAAGGACUUCCUGGCCACCUUGGAACAUCUCCAGCAGCAGGUCACUCACACCAGGGAGAAGCCAAACAAGAUUGCCCUAUGUGAGGCAACUUUACAAAGCAGAAAAACUCAUCAUAAUGGGGGAGAGUACAAGAAGUCUUUCAGCCCCAAACACAUACUUGUUCAGGACCAGGGUAUCCACACUGGAAGACAGUGUUUUGUGUGCAGUGAAUGUGGGAAAGCGUUUAGGUCCAAAUCCUCAUUUGUUUUGCACCAGAGAGCUCACACUAGAGAAAGGCUUCAUAUGUAUGGCAAAAGUGGCAGAUCUUUGAGGCAGACCUCAAGCCUCAGUCUGCAUCAAAGAAAUCAUACUGGAGCAAGGCAGUACACGUGCAGCAAAUGUGGGAAAUCCUUUAACCAAAAGUUUGUUCUCAUUUAUCCCUGGAGAAGUCACAUUGGAGAAAAUUGUUACUUGUGCAGUGAAUGUGCACAAUCCUUUAGCCGUAGAUCCGUUCUAAUUCGACAGUGGAUACUUCACAAUGGAGAAAGCCGUUAUGAAUGUACUCAGUGUGGGAAAUCUUUUAGACAGAAAUUUUACCUCAUUGUACACUGGAGAGUUCACACAGGAAAAAGGCAUUAUGAAUGCAGUGACUGUGGGAAAUCUUUUACCAAUAGCUCAGUGCUUAUCCUACAUCAGAGAGUACAUAAGGGGAAAAGGCCUUUUCAGUGCAGUGAAUGUGGGAAAUCUUUUAUCAGUAGCUCAGUAUUCAUUCUGCACCAGAAAGUUCACACAGGAAAAAGGCCUUUUGAGUGCAGUGAAUGUGGGAAAUCCUUUAGUCUUCAGUCUUACCUCACUCAACACUGGAAAGUUCAUAGUGGAUCAAGGCCUUAUGCAUGUAGUGAAUGUGGGAAAUCUUUUACCUCUCGCUCUGGCCUCUGUUACCAUUGGAGAGUUCACAAUGGAUUGAGGCCUUAUCAGUGUUGUGAAUGUGGGAAAUCUUUUACCUCUGUUUCCAACCUCCGUUACCACCAGAGUGUUCACACAGGAGAAAGGCCUUAUGAGUGCAGUGAGUGUGGAAAAUCUUUUACCUCCAACUCUGCCCUGUGUUAUCAUCAGAAGACUCAUGCUGGAGAUAGGCCUUAUGAGUGCACUGUAUGUGGGAAAUGUUUUUGCUCUGGUUCCCAUCUCAGUCAUCAUCACAGAGUUCAUACAGGAGAAAGACCUUAUAAGUGCAAUGAAUGUGGGAAAUCUUUUUCCUCUAGUUCCAACCUCAGUUACCAUCAGAGAGUUCACAUAGGAGAAAGGCCUUAUAAGUGUAGUGAAUGUGGGAAAUCCUUUAUCCAAAGAUGUCAUCUUCUUAUACACCAGAGAGUUCACACAGGAGAAAGGCCUUUUGAGUGUAGUGAAUGUGGGAAAUCCUUUAUCCAAAGAUGUCACCUUCUUACACACCAGAGAGUUCACACAGGAGAAAGACCUUAUCAGUGCAGUGAAUGUGGGAAAUCUUUUUUUGCCAGUUCCCACCUCAGUAAUCAUCAGAGAGUUCACAUAGGAGAAAGGCCUUAUGAGUGCAAUGAAUGUGGGAAAUCCUUUAUCCAAAGGUGUCACCUUCUUAUACACCAGAGAGUUCACACAGGAGAAAGACCUUAUAAAUGUAGUGAAUGUGGGAAGUCUUUUUCCUCUAGUUCCAACCUCAGUCAUCAUCAGAGAGUUCAUGUAGCAUCAAGACCUUAUGAGUGUAAGGAAUGUGGGAAAUCUUUUAACCAUGGGUCAGCACUCAUUCGACAUGGGAGAAUUCACACAAGAGAAAGGCCUUAUGAGUGCAGUGAAUGUGGGAAAUCUUUUCGCUAUAGUUCCAUCCUCUGUGAACAUCAGAGAAUUCACACAAGCAAAAGGCCUUAUGAAUGCACUGAAUGUGGGAAAUCCUUUAGAAGAAAUUCUUACCUCGUUGAACACUGGAGAGUUCACACUGGAGAAAAGCCUUAUAAAUGCAGUGAAUGUGGGAAAUCUUUUUCGUCUAGGUCUGGUUUCCGUUAUCAUCAGAGUUCACACAGGAUAGAGGCCACAUGAGUGUAGUGAAUGUCGAAAAUCUUUUCCCAAAAGCUCUGCACUCUCAACAUCAGCGUUCACACAGAUAAAAGGCCUUAAGUGUGUGGUGAGUGUGGGAAAGUCUUUACCUCUAGCCCCACCACUUGUUCUCAUCAGAGAAUUCACAAGAGACGGCCUCUUUAGUGCUGGGAAUUUGGGAAAUUCUUCCCUAAAGAGUUCACCUCAAUAAUAAUUAUACACAGUAGAGUAGAGUUUACACUGUAGAAAGGCCUUAAAUGUGCAAGGGAAUGUGUAAUUUUCUUGUUCAGUGUGACAAUGCUAGAAGAAACUGAGGAGCUGUCCAUCCGAAUUCAGUCUCACACUUCCAGUUGUCCACAGGCAUCAGUUUCAGAUAUGUGGAAACUGUGUGUGGCUGUGUUUCACUUUCUAACCUAUCUGUGGCUCUUGUCAGAUUUAUGUCACUGCCACUUACUGUGGCCAAAGCCAUUUUACCUCAGCCACCUGGCAGGUCCACACAGUGUGCAUCAGUCACCGCCACACCCCCACCCAGUGCACUCAGGAAAGCUCACCGCUGGUCUAGCGUUUGUGGGGGUUGGUGUUCCUGUCUUUCUGACUACCUUGUGCAAGAGGCUGAAUCAGUGUUGGCCCAGAGAACAUCAUGAAUUCAGCUGAAAAGGACAGCUUGUUUUCAGGGAUACGUUCUCACAUGAUGAACUUUUCCAGCUUACAAGUUACUGGCCCAAAUUGCGUGCCACACGUUGCUUUAGUUUGUAUAGUACAAAUGCUUUACUGUUUGAGUCCUUUUUUGUUUUGAGUGUUCAGUUUACUGUGAGAGGUGUUUCAUAAGGAGGUUUGGGCUUUACAGGCAUGAAAGGUGAACAGUUUUUAUGGGGGUCUUAACCCCUCUUUGCCUUAGGAGGGAAAGUCUGAUGGCAAAAAAUGGCUUGCCCGUUUUGGCGAAAUUUGAGUUGGUGCCAGUGAUCUCCUGGGAAAGAGGGCAAGGCUUUUUGUCCUCAUUUAAACUCUGGAUGCUAUGAGUUUAGACUCAGGUAUCACUGUGAAGAGAGGUGAAAUGUAGCAGUCUCAAGUUCCUAGAGCAGCAUUAGUUUUUCCCCUUUUUCAUGAACUAUCACAGGCGAUGUUGGCAUUUUUAAGGGGAAAUCUGAGGGUCUUGCAAAGAGCACAUUCCCUGACAUCCACAAUUCCAUGGGUGAUGGUCACUGAUUUUAAGACUGUGGGGCCAGAGGAAACCGAGGCAGGUAUAUGACCUGGAUUGGGAGUAGAGGAGACAGCAGCAAACUCAAUGCAAGGUGCCUCUUCUGAAAGGGCAUCCACAAAUGUCUCUGUGAUGAUGACUAAUUUGCAGCAUCGGUGUCUACACGAGUCUCAGAACUCCCAGGCAGGUUUACCUCGUGGAGCUGACAUCACAGUCAGAAAAUAAUUGUAUGGUUUUGUGGAUUCUUGUGACCUCUCUGUAAUGUUCACCUCAAGGCUAUUCCUGCACAGGCAGGAAAGUAGUCCAGGGAUGUGGCUCUUGUGACCUGGCCAGCAUCCCUGUUGACUGAAGUGGAGAUGUUCUUUAUUACUGGCCAGUACUUGCUGCCACUGAAGCAAGACUGACCCCCAGAAGGCAUGACCAGAAAUUGGUCAAUAUAGGGUUACCAAGUAUAUGUUCCCCAAAAGUGGGCUAUACAGAUUUUUUUUCUAUCUUGAAGUGUUUUUAAAGUUUUAUUUAGAUAUAACUUACUUCUUGUAACUGCACAUAUUUAAAGUGAAGUAUUUGAUAAGUUUUGACCCGUGUGAAAACAUUAUCAGUAGUCAUGGUAGUGGCCAUAUCUGUCACCAUGUAUUUCCCUGGUGUCCUUUAUAAUCUCUGUCCCUGGCCAUCAGAGCCCUCCAAGUAACUGUUGAUUUCUUUUCCCUUAUAACAGAUACCUUUUCAUUUUCUAUAAUUUAUAUGAUGGAAUCUUACAAUGUUUUCUUUUUUUCUGGUUUCUUUUAUGCUUUGUGAUUAUUUUGAGAGUCAUCAAUGAUGUUAUACGAGUAGCUCAUCCCACCCUUUUUUUUUUUUUUUUUUGGUUGAGCAAUAUUCUUAUCUUUAGAUAUACCAGUAUUUAUCCAUUCACUUGUUUAUGGACAUUUUGGGUAUUUCCAGGUUUUUAACUAUUGAAAAUAAACUGGUGCAAACAUUUGUGUAGAGUUCUUAAUAUGGAAAUACGUGGCUUUUUUGUUUGUUUGUUUUUGGAAAUUUGUUUCAUUUAGCUUUUGGUAAAAAAAUUAGAGUGUGACAUCUGAGCCAUGAGGUAGGUGAAUAUUUAGCUUUUGAAGAAAUACUAAUUUGUGCUUUAAAUAGUUGUAUUUUGUAUAUUCUUACCAGCACUGUAUGAGGGUUCAAAAUAUAUGAGGGUGAAAAAGACCACAAAUAACAAAUGUUGGCAAGGAUGUAGAGAAAAUGGACACUCGUACACUGUUGGUGGGAAUAUAAAUUGGUGCAGCCAGUAUGGAAAAUAGUAUUGAGGUUCCUCAAAAAACUGAAAAUAGAACUACCAUAUGAUACAGCAAUUCCCAUCCUGAUUAUUCAUCCAAAAAAACCCUGAAACACUAAUUCAAAAACAUAAAUGCACCCCAAUGUUCACAGCUGCGUGAUUUACAACAGCCAAGACAUGGAAGCAACCUAAAUGCCCAUCAACAGAUGAAUGUUUUCCAGAAGUUGUGGUAUGUAUAUAUAAUGGAAUACUACUCAGCCAUUAAAAAGAGUGAAAAUUUGCCAUCAACAAUGUGGAUGGACUUGGAAGAAUUACGUUCAGUGAAAUAAGUCAGAGAGAGAAAGACAUAUAUUGUAUGAUAUCACUUGUAUGUGAAUCUAAAAACUCCAACACACACACGCACACAAAAAUAAAAAAUAAAAAACCCAACACAAUAAUGACUAUAAUAAAAAAGAGACUCACAGAUACAGAGAACAAACUAGAGGUUACCAGUGGGGAAAAGGAAGAGGGGAGGGGAGGAUAGGAGAUUAAGAGAUACUAAGUACUAUGUAUAAAAUAAAUAAGCUUCAAGAAUAUAUAGCACAACAUAGGAAGUAUAGCCAAUACUUUAUAAUAACUAUAAUUUGAAUAUAACCUUUAACAAUUGUGAGUCAUUAGGUUAUACACCUGAAAUUUAUGUAAUAUUGUAUAUCAGCUAUAGCUUAAUUUAAAAAUAUUAUAUUGUGUAUUUGGAAAUUGCUAGGAAAGUAGAUCUUAAAAUUUCUUAUCACACACAAAAAUUUGUAACUGGUGAUGAAUGUUAACUUAUCAUAGGGAUCAUCUUGUACUAUAUACAAAUGGGGAAUCAUCCUGCUGUAUACGUGUAACUAACAUGUUACAUGUCAGUUAUCUCUCUCUCUCUCUCUCUUUUUAAAAAAGAGCGCAGGGCCAUUUUUCCUCUCUUGGAUUGGCCUGCUCCCAAUUCUCAGGACUGUACUAUCUUUCACUAUUAUUUUACUUCACUAAUAAAAAUCUUGUUUAUAUCACACUUAAAAAAAAAAAGAAUAGAGCUCAGAACAGAGUCUUGUUACUCUCUGACUGUGCAGGUCUGUGGUUACGAUCCCCACUGCUGUCACUAAUAGUGUCACUACCAUCUUCAUUCUCCUCUUUUUCCUCUUCUUCCUCUCUCCACUUCCCCCUCCCACUUCAGUGCAGAGCCUCAGGGAAGAGCCAUCUCGUUCUUUCUGGAGGAUCUGGAAGGAUACAUAACAUGCUCCUCAGUGGAGACACAAAAUUUUACUGAUGUUGAUUCUACAAAUGAGCCCAUAGGCUUAAUUCAGAAACGUAUAAUGAAUUUAAGUGACUGACCAAUUCCUAGGGACACGUUACUAACCCCUGCAUGCUGAUUGUUCUGACUGUUGGAGAUGGGCCUCCCAUGGCCCAGGGAUAGAGCCCCUGGACUCAGGAGCUGGUAUGUGACACCUUCCUGGCACUGACACAGGGCGGUGGGACAUGGGGCUCCUGACUAAACCCCUCUGGGCCUCAUUUUGCCCAUCUCUACACUAGUGAUAGUAGUAUCCAUCGCACAGUGUCCUGUGGAUUGUAGUAUAUUAAUAAUUAUAAAGCAUGUGGAAGAGAACCAAGCAGUUAGCAAAUGCUGCACACAUAUUUGAGGCUCUUAACUCUGUGCCUCAGACAGUGCAGCAGAAUGGCAGGGAACAACUGCUCAGUCCAGCUUGGGACCUAGUUCAUCUUGCUCCCUAAGACCUCUUGGGAGAGACCAAAGGGAUGUUUGGGUUUAACCUUGUGGUCCGUGUGCCAGGAUCAUCUGAGGGCUCAGAGGUCACGCUGAUGAACAGACAGUUGGGCAAUACCAAGGGCAGGUAGGAGCAUCCUUUUAGGGCCCUUGUUCUAGCUGAUGUCCCCCUUUCUCCAGCACAUUUGAAGGAUUCUUCUUCCCCAUGGAGCCAUGUGCCUUGAAGUCCUGGAUCUGAUAGGCAGGUGCCACUGGCUAUAAGGGACCAUGUGGGAUCUCGAGUUGGUGCAGAAAUGAGGUGUAAUCAACAGGGAGUCAGGGAGGCUGCAGCUUACAAAAGAAAAGAGGCCCCCUUCUGAGGUUGCUUCCAGAGGUCUGCACUGUGUCCCUUAUGGCUCAGGUGACUGACAGUACAAGUAAUCUGAACAUUUUGUAGAUGCUCAUAGCCAUACUCAAAGGGCAUUGCUCCACGGGUAAGAAAACAGGUUCUUUAGUCCAGACAUGAGCCAUUUGUGUUGCAGCCUUGGUUCUUGGUGGCUCAAAGAGUGAUGGCCUUAGUUUUGCCAGUUUUUUUCCUGUCACUGAGUCAGGACCAGUCUUCCCAACGUAUGAAGAGAGAGAUGGUUAAGUCAAUACAGGGUCUUCUAAUCUGUGUUUCCUAGAGAAAUGUGAGGUGUACAAUUAUGUAGAACCAAUUCUACAAAGUGUUAUUGAGGCAUAAUCAGCAUGGAAUAAAUGACGCAUUUAAAGUUCUACUGGACAUGUAAUUUCCUCACAUGGAAAUAGGAGCCCUCUCAGUCUGGUGAGCACAGGGAAUUGUCUGGGAGGGUCUUCCCCUAUUCUGCGCUUGAUAUGCACUUUGUUUUGUUCUAAGUAUGCCCAUAAUAUGGCACCUGGCCAACCCCACCACUCUGUCUGUUCCUGGCGGGGAGAGAAGAGGGUCCUUCACCAGCGCAGGAGGGAUGUGUGUAGAUCAUUUCUCUGCGUCGGCUCUGGGGCAUGUUCACUCACCAUGGAGGCUGCUCUUACUCUGUCUCUUCUCUGUGUGAGUAGAGUGUCCAUUAAAAUUAAAGUCCUAUUGGAUGUAUAUAUGUGUUAAUAUAUGUAAAUAUAUAUCUAUAUUCCUCUCUCACACACACCAGGAAAUCAUCAUCACGAACAAGAUAACAUAUCUGUCCUCAAUAUUACCUUCUGCCUUUAGGUAAUUCCUCUCUCCUUCAUUUCCAUGGUCUUCAUUUGACAGAUAACCAUUUAUUUACUUCCUUCCAGUAGAGACUAAUUUGCCUUUUCCAGAAUUUUAUAUAAAUCAGAUCUUCCUUUUUGUGUGAUUUCUC